AGCCGAGGGUACCUGCUCACUUCCGGUGCAGAGGCCGGGCCGAGGUUGGGGGUCCCUGUGAAGGCUCCCACCCCCCGCCGGCCUCCGCGGGGUGAUUUCUCUCGCCCGUAGUGACGUGCGGCCUAAGGUCUUGAUUUCAGCUUCAUUUCCGGCCCCCACCUGUAUACCUGAAGACAGGCUCAGGGCGCCAGAGAGAUGGAAAACCUGAUGAGCAGCUCAGCCCUCCCCCCACUGUUUGCAGAUGAUGAUGGCUCUAAGGAGAGUAGCGAUAUGGCUGCAGCUGGGUUAGCCCAUCCAGAGGUGACAUACGCCAGUGGAGCCACUCCAUCCACAAACACAGCAGAUUUUGUGGAAGAUCUCUCCCAGGUCCAGCUGCUCCAGAAUGAAUCGUCAAAUACAGUAGAAAAUAGUGAGCAACGGCAUGAGGAUGAGCAAAGAAAUAAAAGAGGAGGUUGGUCCAAAGGAAGAAAGAGGAAGAAGCCACUUCGUGACAGCAAUGCUCCCAAAUCCCCCCUCACAGGCUAUGUGCGGUUCAUGAAUGAACGUCGAGAACAACUCCGAGCAAAGCGGCCCGAGGUCCCCUUUCCAGAAAUCACGAGGAUGCUGGGUAAUGAAUGGAGUAAACUGCCUCCUGAGGAGAAGCAGCGUUACCUGGACGAAGCAGACCGAGACAAGGAGCGUUACAUGAAGGAGCUGGAGCAGUAUCAGAAGACGGAGGCCUACAAAGUCUUUAGUAGGAAAGCUCAGGACCGGCAGAAGGGCAAAUCUCACAGGCAGGAAGGAGCUCGGCAGGCUGCUCAUGAUCAUGAGAAGGAAGUAGAUGUGAAAGAAAGGUCUGUCUUUGAUAUACCUAUAUUCACAGAAGAAUUCCUCAACCACAGUAAAGCCCGAGAAGCGGAGCUGCGACAGCUGCGUAAAUCCAACAUGGAGUUUGAAGAGAGGAAUGCAGCCCUCCAGAAGCAUGUGGAGAGCAUGCGCACGGCUGUGGAGAAGCUGGAGGUGGACGUGCUCCAGGAGCGGAGCAGAAACACGGUCCUGCAGCAGCACUUGGAGACCUUGCGGCAGGCCCUGACCAGCAGCUUCGCGGGGGUGCCGCUACCUGGAAGUGGAGAGACCCCCACAGUGGAUACCAUUGACUCGUACAUGAACAGGCUGCACAGUAUUAUCCUAGCUAAUCCCCAGGACAAUGAAAACUUCAUAGCCACAGUUCGAGAGGUUGUGAACAGGCUUGAUCGCUAGUGACUGGUGCUGUGGCUCCAAGAUGUUCUGCAAGUGAUUCCGCUUGUGAGGAAUGAGAAGCCAUGAUAGAAAGAGACUGCCUGGGGGUGGAAGGGACCCGUGCAUGCAUUCCAGCCUCCCCCACCCCUGGAAAGCCAUCGGAGCAUCCCGAGGGGCAUUUGGACGCCCCUUCCACUGCUCAUCCUUGCUGAGGCCCUCAGAGUGCCCAGGGCUCUCAGGGCCUCAGCUUCCUCUCAUUUCAGUUUCUGUUGCAGAGAAAAGGCAAGAUUCAUCCUGGAGCCACACAGAAUGGGUUUCUCUGCCCUGCCCCCAGGGCCAUUCCAGUCACUUUCUGUUUUUAAGCUUCCAUCACCAUUGCCAGUCUGCCAUGGUUCACAGGAGAGCUUCUCCUCCUUGGCAGACACAGUUUCCCUCACAUGUCAGCCUGCUGCAAUGUGGAGACCAUGUGUUGCUGUCAUCUUUGUCCUCUCUGGCUUCUGGCUGGAGUUGGUUUCCUAGCCAUCUUUCCCAAGUGUAUGCGGUGUUCCGGGUCCCGUAGGGCUUCCGUCACCCUCCUUUUUUAGGGAACACUAUGACCAAGGAGAAGGUUAGUGGUGUCAAGAAAGCAUGGAAGAUGAGGAUGUUGCUGCUUCUCUUAUUUGUGCUGAUUUAUGGACUCAGAUGGGAGACCCCUCAUUUACAAAGAGAAUCUCUCCUCAUUCAACACAGACUCUUAUGCUGACAAAUGUAUGGAGGAAUUUCCCUUGCCUUCACCUUCCAUCUGUAGCCUUAGAAAACAAACUGAUACAGAAGGGCCAGCCUCCUGUUCUCUCCCCGAAGUGAUUUGUUUCUUAUCUGCAGGGCCAACCAGAUAAGGGUUUCCACCUGCUUACCUCAGUCACUCACCGAAGCACAAGGGGCCAGCUGAUUGUGGCCACUCUUCCACACGGCAUUCCAGUGAAAGGAACCGGGGAACUUUGCAAGGGUGCCAAUGUGGGGUUCUCAGAUCUUGGCAUUCCACUAGCUAGUCUUUCCAGUGCAUCAUUUACCUGUUGGUUUUUAAUCUCUUGAGAAACAGAUGCCCCCCAGAGAGAGAGAGAGAGAGACACACACACACACACCCCCACCCCCCCCACCCCACCCCCUUACGUAAUGUGGCAUUGAGAGCCCUAUUCAUUGUGGCUUGAAAAAGACCACCACCAAGCAGCUUAGACUUUGUGUUCAUAACCUGUAAAAGACUGUCUCUGUUAUCUAAGGACCAAGCUAGAUUUGUAUGGCAUGGCCCAUAAACUGGCAGUAAGUGGUGAGUACUUAGGCCGUGGUGACCCAGUUAAAGAAUCAAAUGGGAGCAUACUUAACAUGCCCCAUUCACACAAUCCAGCCAUUCAGUGAUAGAAAGUGGAAGUCCAGCAUGGCCUAGCCUAGUCAUGUAAACAUUAGCCAGCCUUGAAUUUUGUGACUUACAAGUAACUGAACUGCUCCUUCCCUUCUGUCAUCUCACCCCUCCUCCCCACACCCCUUGUAAGAGACUCACUCCAGGAGGAUGACAGAGGCUUCCUUAGAGCUUUGGGCCUUCCUUCAGGUAUGUGGUCUCUGCACACCUCUGGCCUCCGGGCAGUAUCCCUUUCUAGUGCCCCAGCUUUGAUUGUUGUGAAACCUCCUUAGCAGUGCUUUUGUGACCCAGAGCAGCUGUACCUUAGGGCAGAAUUCAUCAUUGCCCCAGCUAGGGGUAGGGUGUGGGCAGAACAGUGACAUGAAGCGUUUACAGAAUCAGUGAUGCAAAGAAACUGCCACCCCUAGAAACCUUAUGCACACAUGCAGUUACAAACCCAGCCAGCUCUCUUAGGUAGGCUGUCAGGUGCUUUGGAGCAAAUUCAAUGUCCUUCCUUCUCAUCCCUUUCCUCCCCCAACACUGAAAACUACCAGAGAUGUCAGCAGAGCUUGAGCCCUGGUUCCUGUUUCCUGGUGACACAGAUGUGACCAUUCUUUAUUAGGAAAACUUUUGUUUUUGUUGUGUUUUUUUCUUGUCAAGAUAUGAAUUGUUAACCUCCAUGUUUAAAAAAAAAAAAACCUGCCACAAGAGGCAGCUUUGGGGGCAGGGAGUCAAAAGGUGUUUUCUGAAGUAAAGAGAAAAAUCCAUGUCUUGUCCCUGUGUCUGGAGUGCUUGAAAUGCCAAGCUUUCUGUACAAGUGUCUUUGUAAUUACGCUUCUAGAUAUUCUUUGUUUUGUUCAUUAGAAGUUGAUGUGCUUGCUUGACAUUUGUUUCAUUAAAACUUUUCAACAUUGAA